CGCCACCAGGAAGUUUAUUCAUGAAUCUCGUUACCUUUGCACCGCAGCGAAACCUGAAAGUUGCCCGACCAGGAGGAGUUAGCGUUCCCCGCAUAAGACAGGGUGAAACUCCUGCGUCCUCUGUCUGUCUUCCAUCCCGUCAUAUCUUUGAGCAACACCGCAGAAGCGGUCGCGGAGUAAACCACGCGUGUCUAUCUGGACUUAUUAUUGAAUGCCAGCUGAACUAUAGGCUACGCUGUCUGUUUUGUAUCCCUCACAGUUUACUUGAAUUUAAGGUCAACCCAUUAGCCAGUGACCCAUCUGUUGUGUGUGUUCCGCUGUUCAAACAGCUAACUUCAGUCUAAAGAUAAAGGAGCCGGUCAUUCUGAGCCGAGUCUCCAGCUCUUUGUCCUUCGGAGUUCUGAGCUGACUGAGAUCUUGGCAGUCAUGGCACUGCUGGGAGUGAAAGUCAUCGAGUUGGCGGGUCUGGCCCCUGCACCAUUCUGUGGCAUGAUCUUGGCAGACUUUGGAGCCAAGGUGAUCCGUGUGGACCGCACCAAGGUUUUCUCAACUCUGGACACUCAAGCUCGCGGCAAACGGUCCAUUUCCCUCAACCUGAAAAUGCCAGAGGGCGUGGCUUUGCUCAGGCGGCUCUGCGUUCAGUCGGAUGUUGUCCUCGAACCCUAUCGCAAAGGCGUUAUGGAAAAACUGGGUCUUGGUCCAAGUGAGUUACUUUCAGAAAAUCCACGUCUGAUCUACGCUCGGUUGACAGGAUAUGGCCAGAGUGGGUGCUACGCUUCUGCAGCUGGACAUGACAUCAACUACCUCGCCAUGUCAGGCCUUUUGUCCCAGCUGGGUCGGAGUGGAGAGAAGCCCUACGCGCCUUUGAAUCUGGUAGCAGAUUUUGCUGGUGGUGGUCUUACUUGUGCUCUGGGGAUCGUCUUAGCCCUGCUGGAGCGCACAAAGUCGGGGAAAGGACAGAUCAUUGACGCUAGCAUGGUGGAAGGAGCAGCAUUUACAGGUUCGUUUAUAUGGAAAUCUCGUAAACUUGGUUUGUGGAGUCGCCCCAGGGGAGAAAAUUUUUUGGACAGCGGAGCUCCCUUCUACGACACAUACAAGACUCUGGAUGGAAAAUACCUGGCUGUGGGCGCCAUAGAAACAGAGUUUUACAGCCAGCUGCUUAAGGGCUUAGAAUUAGACGCUGGAGAGCUGCCUCCUCAGAUGAGUUUCAGCGAUUGGCCGGAGCUCAAGCAGCUCUUCACAGAGCGCUUCGCCUCAAAGACCCAGGCGGACUGGUUGAUGAUUUUUGACGGAACCGAUGCCUGCGUCACACCUGUGUUGUCUUUGGACCAGGUGAGCGCUCACCCUCACAACCGAGAGAGAGGCUCUUUCAUGAAGGACUCCAGCGGGGAGGAGUUCCCCCGGCCAGCUCCGGUUCUGUCUCGGACUCCCGCUGAGCCCUGUCUCGCUUCCAACCCGGCAGUGGGAGAACACACGGUCGAGGUCCUGCUGGACUACGGCUACACUUCAGCAGAGAUAGACGAGAUGUUGGCAGCUGGCGUUGUGCAGUGCAGUGCUGGCAAGGCAAAGCUGUAGAAUAAGGUGUCAAUAGAUCUUUGAUGAUCAAGUUGAAAAACAGAAAGGGGGACAUUUUAUUUUAGUAAUUUCAGUGAAGAUGAAAAAAUAAUUAUUGUGUGUAAGAGCCACAAAACAUUAACAAAAGGUAGGGAAGACCUUUUUUUUGUGUUUGAGGCUGAAUCUAGGCUGAACUUCCUGAGUGACCUGACAUAAACACUCUCACUUGUGAAGCGAGUGUGUCUCGACUUAAUGUUGUUGAGGUCCAUGCACUUGCUCCCACAGGUUACCUGGAUAUCUUUUUAGUUUUUUUAGUUCUAAAAUUGAAAAUAAAUAUGCUAUUCUACAGCUA